UAGCUCUUAGCGCUAGCGAGCUGUUCCAUUUCACCCUCUGCUUAUUUCGAUCCAGCAGGAUGUUAUUAUGGAGCGUGGCCCAGUUCUGCCUGACAGCCUGGUGUUGGAGAUCUUCCUGUGUCUGUCCCAUGAUGCAGUGCUGACAGCUGGUCUGACCUGCAAACAGUGGCUGGCUGUCUCAAGAGAUGAGUUCUUGUGGAGGGAUUUGUUCUACAGCUACUACCGCAUCCCCCGCUAUGUACCCCGACAUCCAGCGGCGGUGUCAUGGUACAGGGAGUUCAGGCGUCUGUUUGACUGCAUCCCCUGUGUGGAGGUUCAGACGCUGAGAGAGCACACCGACCAAGUCCUCCACUUGGCCUUCUCUCACAGGGGGCACCGCUUCUCAUCCUGCUCCAAAGACUGCACAGUUAAGCUGUGGGACACGGAGCGACCAGAUGGCAACCUCUCAUUGGUUCACAGCUGCAGCAUGCGGGAGUUCAACUGGGGCUACACUCAGUUCUCCCAGUUCAAUGCUGACGACAGCCUGCUGCUCGUGUCGGGGGUGUACCUGGGCCCACACCACUCCUCUUCAGGGGAAAUCGCAGUCAUCAGUCUGGAAAAUUACACACUGUUGUCACGGGUGAGUAACAAGCCGUACGAUGUGUUUGGCUGCUGGCUGAAUGAGACCCACCUGAUCUCGGGGAACUUGCACUGGAUCGGCCAGAUGACCUCCUGCUCUGUGCUGUGGCUCAAUAAAGCUUUCCAGGAUGUCGAAUCAGAGAAUGCCAACGUGGUCAAGCGCCUUUUUAAGAUCCAGAACAUUAACGCAAGCACCAUCCGCACAGUGCUGGUGGCCCACUGCCGUCGUCACAACAACCCGGACUUGGUGCUGGAUUAUGAGGCCCAGUCUCAGGCUCAGAGGCGGAAAGGGCCACAGCAGCCGCACCAGCCCCUCCUCUUUGACCUGGGAACCUCCGGCAGCGACGAAGAGGACGAGGAAGCAGCAGAUGAUGAGUCUCAGAGGGAGGCGAGGGCUCAAGGCUUCACCGCCGCCCGUGCCCCUCAGUCCACUCUAUCAAACCUGGAGCAUAAAAUACAGAGUCGUAAAAGUAUCGGGCCCAGGGACCUGGCGAUUGAAACCCACGUGGCUAAGAUGAUGGGCCGAACCCACACGAAAGCACCAGACUGCAGCCUCAAAGAUCAGCUUGAUUCCGGGGAAGAAGACAAAACCUACUUGCUCUUCACCACCGGCAGCCUUACGUACUCCCCUCACCAAAUAGGUAUUAAGCUGAUCAAGCCCGACCAGAUGACAACGUCCGGUCCUGUCCUCGGUGAAGAGCGUAGCUCGGAGGAGUUCUUUGAUUCCCUGGACCAUGUUAUUGAUAUCCAUGGACACAUUAUUGGAAUGGGCCUUUCUCCAGACCACAGGUACCUUUAUGUGAACAGCCGGGCUUGGCCUGCCGGAUGCGUUAUCUCUGACCCCAUGUCGCCGCCUCCCAUCGCCGAGGAGAUAGACCUGCAUGUCAUCGAUCUGAAGAACUUGAGGGAGGAGAGAAGAAGCCUGCGCGCUCACCGAGCCUUCACUCCUAACGACGAGUGCUUCUUCAUCUUCCUUGAUGUCAGCAGAGACUUUGUUGCCAGUGGAGCUGAGGACAAGCACGGCUACAUCUGGGACCGUCACUACAACAUCUGCCUGGCGCGCCUGGCGCACGACGACGUGGUGAACUCGGUGGCAUUCAGCCCCUCCGACCAGGAGCUGCUGCUGUCCGCCAGCGAUGACUCUACCAUUAAGGUGUGGCGUUCGCCGCGCAUGGACCGCCUAGCGCAGGCGCCCGGACGGCUGCCGAGGCCCCGCAGCCUCCUGUCGUCCUGGUUGAGCCACAAGAACUCCACUUCUACCAGCAGCGUCAAUGGGAACCCACGAGUCAGGUUGGAAAACACACUGAGUGGGAGGGAGCGAGGAGAGGACAGUCAGACCUGACUCCUCUUCGGUGGGAAUAUAUCUGCACUCCAUGUAUAUGUACAGUGUGGUUACAGUCUGUGGUUUUGCUUGAGCUCACGGUGUUGUGAGCUACUCGGCGCUCGGCAGCUGGCAGGAGACGAGUUGAACCUCAGUGUUGGACACAAGGGUGCGCUGUUGUGCCAACAAAGGACAGAGGGUUGAAUUGACAUGUGGAGUUAACACCUAACUUGCACAAGACAGACAUUCUGUUUCCUGAGAGACGGGUUAUUUCUGUUUUAUCUGUGAGGUGCGUCUGAACAGGUCAGACAGCGAACUCCUGGACCUGAGGUGUAAAUGUGCUGCAGAGACGGCAUCUGAUGAGCAAAGUGCUGUACCAGAAAAUGUUUUCAGAAUUUAUCCCCCUAUUAAUGUAGUUAUAUCUAAUUGAUGUUUUGAG